AUCGCAAGCCAUGUAAGUUUCGGGGUAAUAUGGAAUGCAAACUCAAAGCUUGUGUGUGGGUGCCAAUUUAUGACAACACCAGCUCUACUUAUUAAAAUUAAACGCCAUCAUGACCAUUCAGCCCGUAUGCCAGAUAUUAACAGAGGUCGUUGGUGUUGGUCAUUAUCCUGGAAAGGACAACAUCUCUUUUAAAAAUACAGAGCUUGUACUGUGGAGGGAUCCAUUUAAUGAAGAUGACCCUAAUGCUAUUCAGGUCAGGAGUCUGGAGGGAGAUAUGGUGGGACAUCUCCUUAAAGAGCUAGCUGCGGCACUGUCACAGUUACUUAAAGAUGACGUCAUUCAAAUCAAUCACCUCAUCGUAUACACUCGCCCGCAAUAUAGGACCAUUCCUAUGUCUUGCCUCAAAAUCAAAAUUAAUGUUUAUGGAAAAAAAGAAUACAAACCAGCAAUUCUACAAUGUUUAGAACAGAACAGAUUCAUAGAAGCUGACACACCUAGAGCAAAAACACAAUUCUCAAGGAAACGUCGGAGUGAUGGAACUAUUGAAGUUUACCAGCUUCAGGACAAUUUCACAAGCAGUGAUGAUUUGUCUUCAGAAGCAACAUUUAAUCUGGAAGAAAAUACUAAACUUCUUCUUUAUUCCGUUUUGCUGAUGACAAAUUAUACAGGAAGGGAAAAUGAUGAACAGUGGCUUUCGAAUCUCGAGGAACUGAGGAAAGCCUUGCACUUACCAGACUCUGUGAAUACUUUACGAGUACGUCCUCUGAAUGAAUACUUGACAGUCAGUGCAGAUGGAGUCGUCACUUUCUUAUCUAAACGUGAACGGGAUCUAGUGAUUGAGUCUGUAGACUGUCCAGAGUAUGGGAGAAUAUUUUUGAUGCAUGCGGACAGAAAUUCAGUGAUAGAGUAUUGCAGGACGUCACAGUAUGUACAAAAACCCGGAGAAGUAAUCUUACGCAUUGACUCAACGUUUAACGAAGACCUGAUUGACCGCAUUGGUUUAGAAAUUUUGGAUCAUCCUACCAUAGAAGAUUCCAGUAUACAUCAAAUGAUAUCUAAAAAAUUGUGCAUUCCAUUAGAAAUUCUCACCUUGGGAAGAGAAGGUUAUAGUAGGUUUGUUGACCUUUUGAGAAAAGAAGAAAGUGAAAUUUCUCAUGCUUCAGUGAUGAUACUUGGAUGCGGGGGCGCCGGUAAAACAACGUUGGUUAAAAGAUUGACUACAGAGGAGAGCAUAGACGAAAUAAGAGCGUCCACGCAAUCUACACAAAGUGUUGAUAUUCAUCAAACUAAUGCUUGCUCUUUACUUGCCUUGCAAUCUGAUGAUCACAAGCGAAUGAAAAUUGAUAUUUCUACCAUUUUACAUACGGAUAAACAUCAAGAGAUUGGAACAUCACCAAAGAAAGAGAACAUUUCAAUCAGAAAAUCAAAACGAGAAGACAAAAUCGCGAAGAAAAUGGACAACUUAAGAAAUUUUAAUUACGGACAUGAUCUGAAAUUAGAAAAUACUAUCGUCACAAAUGACGAUGAUACAGAAAACAAAAACGUACAAGGUACACAGAAUAUGGAAUGUUUGCGAAACACAAGUGAAAGUAGAACAAAAAGCGGGAAAGACAGGCCAGGAGAAGAAAAUAAAGAAUUGAAAUCCAAUGCUCUCCUUCAGCUUAUGCCAGAAGUAUUAGGAAAAGAAGGCGACGUUAAUCAAACCAUUGACUUUUAUGAUUUCGCAGGACAAUAUGUGUACUAUGCUACACAUCAGAUAUAUCUACGCCGUAGUGCGUUUUAUAUUCUGGUAACAGACAUGAGAAAAAGGUGGACAGAAAAAGCUGAUCUGGAGGAUCAUCGGGGAGAUAUGAUGUUCAGAGGCUGGACAAAUGAACAAUACUUAAACUUCUGGCUAGAAUCUAUACAGGCUUUCUCUGGAGGUAGCAAACCAUCAGUCAUUUUGGUGUGCACUCAUGCAGAAGGCAAAUCAGAGGACGAGAUUUCUGAAUAUUUCAUCUACCUUCGAAGCAGAGUUAAAGCAAAAAAGCUCCUUGAUAUGCUAUCGUAUGAUAGAAAUUUUGCAGUCUCGUUUGAAACCAGCCGCACUAUCAAUGACAUCAAAGAGUGUAUUAAAACAAUUGCCAAAGAAAAUGAGUGUUGGAAGCGAAGAGUUCCUAAUGUAUGGACCCUCUUUCAACAAAAACUUAGAGAAAUUAGGACAAACCACAAUACAAAAUUAAUGACGUUUGAAGACCUUCAGGAGCUACAAGUCAGUUUUCCAGAGGACAUGAGAUUAAAAAAUGAGGAUCUAAAGUUCAUGUUGAAGUUCUUUCAUGAAGUUUUAUUUAUUCUGUAUUUUGACGUUAAGGAUCUAGAGAAAUUCUUUGUACUUGAUGUAAACUUUUUCAAAGAUGCGUUUAAAUGUAUCAUUACAGUGAAAAGUAAUGCUAUACCAAAAGUUACCAGGAGUUUCCACAAACUGUGGAUAGCGUUUCAAGAGAAAGGGGAACUUCCUCAUUCUCUUUUAGAUGCAAUUUGGAAUCCUUCAUUCAUGGAACACAAGCAGGAUCUGCUUCUGUACAUGAAAGAACUUUCUUUACUUACUGAAGUAACGAAAAGAAAUUCAGAGGACGCAUCACUCUUGAUAGUUCCAUGCAUGAAUACAGUUCAGUUUUCACCUGAAAUAUUCAAAAACUGUCAGAAAACCUCGAUAUUCUGUAUUCAGCUACCUGCUCUUGCGAAUCUGAUCUUCCAGCGACUCGCAACUGUGCUUGCCAAUAAACUAUGGCCAAUUUCAAAAGCAGAGGGAAAUUUUUGCUUAUACCAGAAUGUGGUUAUAUUUGAUCAUAAUCAUCGACUGAUUGCUGUAGGAAGCAUGCACGAUAUCAUACAGAUUCAAUUGCUUAGUUAUGAUGAGGGAAAAUCUAUUGCAGAAAAUAUUGAAGUAAAGGAUGCCAUCACAUCCAAACUAAAUGAUAUAGCAAAUACAAUCCACUGCAGUUUUUCAUUUGUUUGUGGAUACAAGUGCAAAAAUACAACCUUUUGCGAUAAGACUAACAAUUGCUUUAUACCUGAAAAUGAUAUCGAUUACACGAAAGAGUACAUUACUUGUGAAGGUUGUCCAGUAGGAGAAAAAAGGAGGAUAAAUGUCAAGGAAUUGGUUUCAGACUGGAAAAUGAUCAAAGAUGAAGAUUCUAGCAUGACUGACAAAGAAGACACGAUGUUAUUAUUCGACUUUGUUUCCGGAAAGCUGUGCAAGGAAAAAUUUGUUUUAUGUACUUGUUUGAUUGGAGAUAGUCACAUUGCUGACGCCCUGAUGACGCAAAUGACGCUUUCUCCAGAGGAGCAGGUUUUCCAAAUUUUGAAGACGUGGAAGGAGAUGAAACCUCAUAUCAACCACAUAGGAGAAUUAAAAAACCUUAUUUUUGAUACCUUCGAAAAUAAACAGCUUGUAGAUGAUAUUGAAUGUUUCACUAAGGAGAAAUAUUCAUUCCCCUCAAUUGUCAGACCACGGGAACUAAUUAAGUCAGCAGAGUGUGAGCAAGUAGCCAAAACUGUAACAAAACAACGGAAAAGACUCUUGCGUUUUUUAGGUUUGAAGGAGUAUGAAAGAGAAAGAAUAGAAGAAGAAGUAAGGAAUCCACAGAAAGUAAUGCUCCAGUCACUGAAGUGUCUUUCUGAAGAAAACGUUUUAAAUAGACAAAAUCUUUGCGCUGCUUUAAAUUACAUAGGAAGGAGAGAUAUUAUAGAAAAAUUAAAUAUCGACUGGAAAAAACGAAACACCGAUUUUGUCAUAUGACUGCUAGCAUUUCAACGGGGAAAUACGAUAAGCUUAUUUGGUUUAAAUGAUUUAAUCACAUAUAUUUUUGUAAAUUGUGAUAUCUUUGUAAUGAAAUAAGUCCAAAAAGAUACACUUAUCCAUGUUUCCAAUUUUUGUUUUCUAACUUGUGCCCUUAAAGCAAUUAUUUUGCAGUUUGAUAAAAAAAAAAGUUAUUGAGUGCCCUAGUGUCGGAUACAAGAACAUUAAACGUGUAUUCCAAUCUGUUUCAAAAGUAAUGGUUCAAGACGCAUUUAGUUUUUUUAGAAUGUAGGUUUAAUUAACAGGUUUUAAGGAUUAUAAAACUUUAAUUCCUAGACUUUCCUGAAUGUAUCAUUAUAUUCCAGAACAGUAAAUUAAAAUCAUUAAUAUCUGACGAUAAAAUUGUUAAAAGGAAGAAUAUAGAGCCAAAAGAUAAUAUAUUAUACUCGGAAUUCCUUUUGAAUAGAAGUUUUUGGUGUAAAAUGGCUCAUGUGGAAUAAUAACAUUGAUAAGUAAAACAGAUACACACUCUCUCUCUCUCCCCCCCCCCCCCCCCCCCAUACAUGUGUACGCUAAAACUUUACCUGUGAUGGGUACAUUCUAUCUGAAUACCUUUUUAUCAUGCAUAAGGUUCAGUUCCCUAUCCUUGUAGGAUUAUAAAGGAACUACUUUAUAAGAAUUUGUUUCCAAUACAAAGUGCUCUUCUGAAGCUAAUGUACUGUAAUUAAUCCAAAUCAAUAAAUAAUGCGAACGAUUGUUUUCCUUCUAUAAAAUUAGACUGCAUUUAGUUUAGCACAGUUAACUGUAAUUUACCAUUUGUAAUUAAUCAAUAUCAAAGUUUUUGUUGUAUAAAUCAAGGUAUUCAGAGAAAAGUUUAGUAUCUAUUUUAGAUUUUUUAUGGUGAAUUAAGAUAUUUUCACGUAUUAAAAUUCAAAUUGUUUUAUUUUAUUUAAUUUUCAAAUGUAUUUUUUAAUGUUUAAAGGCAAGUUAUUUUCAAUUCAAUCGAAAAUAUACAGACAUUUGGUCUAAUUAAUGCAUAAUUACAAUGUAUAACGAUUGCACAUGUGUUGGCUUUAAUUCUCUUUAGGAUGUGUCAGUAAUAUGAUUGUGAACUGACGCUUAUCCAUUUCGAAAUUAAAAUUCAGACUAAAAAAGAGUCCGCAGAAUCUCAAUUUUCUUUUACAUUAACUUAAUUUAUACUUUUUAAAAAUACUUUUAUAGUGUUAUUUUCUUAUUUUAAUUCUUUUUUAUCAUUAAUGUGAACCAACUUUUAUUUGCGAGCAAGAAAUUUUCGCGAUUAUUCGCGAAUAUUUCUCGUCGCGAACCAAUUAUUCACCAAUGUAUGUACAAUGAUGCCUCAAACAGUCGCGAAAAUUAGUAGUCGCGGAUGGAUUUCAAACUGAAGUGUCGCGAAUAAUAGAUGUCGCGAAUAAUAGUUGGUUUACAGUAUUUGUUGAUGAAAAUCUUCCUAUAUGUAACGUUAAAGUGCAUGUGACAUUAAGUUAUACUCCUAUUAUAACGGCAUCAUAAGUAUGACAUUAUGGUAACUUUACAAUGCCAUGCUAUGUUUGAAUAGGCAGUCUAGAUAAACAAGUCAAAGUGUU